UUCCCGGCGAUUAUCAAAGGGAAUUUAAACAAAAAAGAUCCAUCUUUUUCUGGGGUUUUCAAGUUUGAGCUCGCUCUAUCUUUUGGAUGCGAUCAAUGGUGUAUUCUAAUCAGAGAGACAGGGCGAUGGAACCCGAGAGAUCGAAGCCUCUGCAUAAUUUCAACCUACCUUCUUUCAAGUGGACCAAUCAAACGCAUCUCAAGCUAGACGAUGAUGCUUCCACUCCCGUUGACUCAUUGCGUCGUCCUCGUCGUCAUGUGAUACGUGCACGCCGGUCAUCCCUCGGGAGUUCGAUAGUGGGUGGUGGAAUGCGACGGCCGGAACCGGAGUCGUGUCCGAAGAAACACGAUAGUGGAAGGGGGGCGCAAUUGAAGAUAUCAACGGGAGAGGCGGCGGAGGGUAUCGGGGCAGUUAGAGAGGAGAUCAUGAAGGAUCUGAAAACGGCGGCGGAUGAUAUUAUGGGUGCGGCUUUUAGAGAUGAAGUGCCCGUUGACGAGGAGUUUAAGGAGACUAAACGGAAAGGAAAAGAGAUAGAGAAGGAAGAAUUGCCGACGGCAGAGGUGGAGGAGACGAGGCCGUGGAAUCUCCGAAAAAGGCGUGCCGCGUGGCAGACUACGAUUGUCGGGAAAGGAACUAACAACAUUUAUAGUUCUCCGUUGGCGACUUCUUCGACGGCUGCAGCCGAUGAGAAAAGACCACGACCGAAAUUCUCGGUCUCUCUUUCAAAGAAAGAGAUCGAGCAGGACUUCAUGGCGAUAACUGGGCGUCGCCCUCCGGGUAGGCCGAAGAAACGGGCACGCCACGUUCAGAAGCAAUUGGAUUCUUUGUUUCCCGGAAUGUGGUUAUCGGAGGUAUCGGAGGAUUCCUACAAGGUCCCGGAGAACGGUGAAAACGGCAAGAGAUAAUUACGGAGCUGCAACAAGCGGGAAGGAGAAGUUUCAGACCUUUAUGAACUGGGAAUUUCUUUCAUUUUUAAUCAAAGAACUGGGAGUUUCUUUCAUUUUUUUAUCAAAGAAGUGGUAAUUUCAGUAAAAGGAAGCUUUAGUUUUAGUUUUAUUAUGAUCUUCAUUCUUCAUCUUCUUCUUCUUCUUCAAUCUCAAGUGAAUGAACUUGCAAGUAAAG